AUGAACUGGUCAGCACUAGAGAGCCUCCUUAGCGGGGUCAACAAGUACUCCACAGUGUUCGGCCGUGUGUGGCUGUCCAUGGUAUUUGUGUUUCGUGUCAUGGUGUUCGUGGUGGCCGCCCAGCCCGUGUGGGGAGACGAGAACAAGGACUUUGUGUGCAACACCAGGCAGCCCGGCUGCACCAACGUCUGCUACGACAGCAUCUUCCCCAUCUCACACAUCCGCCUGUGGGCCCUACAGCUCAUUUUCGUCACCUGUCCCUCUCUCAUGGUGGUGGCGCACGUCAAGUACCGCGAGGGGAAGGAUUCAAAGUAUACUGCCCAACACCAGGGCUCUCACCUGUACGCCAACCCAGGGAAGAAACGUGGAGGCCUGUGGUGGACCUACCUGGUCAGCCUGAUCUUCAAGGCCGGGUUUGAUGUAGCCUUCCUCUACAUUCUCUACUAUAUCUACCACGGGUAUGACAUGCCACGUCUCUACAAGUGUGCCCUGGAGCCUUGCCCCAACACAGUGGACUGCUACAUCUCCAGGCCCAUGGAGAAGAAGAUCUUCACCAUCUUCAUGGUGGUCUCCUCAGCCCUCUGCGUCUUCAUGUGCAUACUGGAGAUGUUCUAUCUGGUGGGUAUGCGCUUACAGAAGGUGCUCAAAGUAUGGCAGGCCAACGAGAGACUGCUCUUUGCUGAGCACAAUAAGGUCACCAACAUCGCUCUGCCGAGGUCAUCGUACAUCAGGGUAGAUCCAACUAUUGGGAGCCAGCAGAACAUCAACAGACAGAAGAAGGCAGAGGAGGCUGCUGCCACAGGCCUGUAG